UAUCUCUCAAAUGGGCGUUUAACUUUUUAAAGAAUAUGAAGACGCAUUGUAAUCUUUAUAUAAAAUGCGGGUGCACGUAAAAAAGAAUCUCCUUAUAAGAUUAAUCAUUUCUUUACUGGUUAUUUACGUUCUUUUUCGAUCUAAAUGGAACUCGGCCAGCUUCAGCACUUCAGUUUCAGAAAAUCCUCAUCAAAUCUGGGAAUUUGUAUCUGAUCUCAAUAACGCUAAAAAACUCAAUCCAUCUAUCUUUGAGUUUUACAUCACUGACCAUGAUAAAGGAAACUAUGAACACUGGGAAUAUGGAGCAGUAAUUUACGAAACAAUGUCAUUCAUUCCUCUCCUGACAAAUGUCAACUAUGCUGAUUUCACCCUUAAAACAUCACCCAACAAAGAUCACUACAAAAUUCUAAGCACUUAUAAAACAUGCUUCUUCAGCUAUGCCUGCUUGCACAGCAAAUCAGAAAUGACAUUUUCUUAUGAUGCUGCCAAUGGUGGAACCAAAGUUCGGGAACUCAUUGAUUAUCAAUGUCCAUUCAUCUUUUCUUGGUUAUGUUCAAAAGAACUAACAAACCAAAGGAAUGAAUGGAUGGAGCGCUUAAAAAACAUUUACCAACACUGAAAACCAAGUGCAACACAGGAAAUUAGGGUAUUUUGUGAUAUUACUCCUGUUCCCAAUUCGUCACUCACUCCAGGUGCUAAUCAAUGAAAUAAACAUUUUUUAACAGCAAAAAAAA